UCUGGGCUGUUGUCUGUCACUUUGGAGAAACAUGGAGACAUCAGUAGACAGAGGAGAGGGCCACAUCAGCUCGUUCUGCCAGAGUAACCCACUUUAUGACAUGGACAUGAAACUGAGCAGGAGUGACCUGUACACCUUCCAGAGCAGUGAUCUAAAACCAGCCAAGGCCCGAGGAGCACAGCGAUGUCUAAAUGUUAUUGUCGUUUACCUCAUCCUUCUGACUGCACUGAAUGCCUUACUCCUUUACAAAGUGUUUUCGAUGGAGUCUAGUAGUCUCUCCUCCUCUGGCUCCAGAACAGCGAAGCUGACCGACAAUCACCUCCCCCUGGGGACGGACCAGGAGGAGGACCUCCGUACCCUUGCCAGAAACACCAGCUUGAAGACCAUCUCUCUCAGAGGAUACCUGGGGAAGUUACAGACCCAGGUCUCCAGCCUCUGUGGGGAGGAUGGCCAGCUGGGCCAGCUGAGAACGAACCUGGGUGCGGUCAACGCCAGCACCACUCUCCUUCAGGACUCCGUGAAAGCAUUCAGAUUACUCAAAGCUUCACCAGGCCCACAGGGACCUACUGGUCCACCUGGUGCGAGGGGGUUACCUGGUGUGAGGGUGGACAAGGGAGACAGGGGUGAAGAUGGUACCACUGGACAACAAGGACCAGCUGGAACACCAGGCGGUGCAGCUACUAACUGUUCAGGAGCCCCUGGGCUGCCAGGACCACAGGGACCAAAGGGGGAUAUGGGACACAUUGGUUUACCAGGGAUACCAGGCCAGAAUGGGAUCAAAGGGCACACUGGAGCCCAGGGGCGUGAUGGAGUACAGGGGGCCCCUGAUUUGAAGGGUGACACAGGGCCGACAGGACUACCUGGACCCAUAGGACCUGAAGGACCAAGAGGACCUGCUGGUGUUAAUGGAACAAGAGGACUUGUGGGAUUUCCAGGGUUGCCGGGAAGUCCCGGACCACUAGGUCCACGUGGAGAGAAGGGUGAAAGAGCAGCUGGAUCAGUGACAGCAAAUGUGCGUAUCGCUGGCGGGGGGACUCGUGGGAGAGUGGAGGUGAUGUGGUCGGGGCAGUGGGGUACGGUGUGUGACGACGGCUUCGACACUCUGGACGGGACCGUGAUCUGCAAGAUGCUGGGGUACCAACGAGCCUCCACAGUCUUCACAGCCAGCCAUGGAAUCGGUAGGAUCUGGUUGGAUGACCUGCGAUGCACAGGCAGAGAGGCCAGUGUGUUUGACUGCCCCCACAACGGCAUGGGCAUCAGCAACUGUCAACACAACGAGGACGCUGGGGUGCAGUGUGUGUGAAUGUGUCCUGGAUCCAGAGUAGGAGAGGUGCACAGCAAGAGAGAGACACACACACACACACACACACACACACACACACACACACACACACACACACACACACACACACACACACACACCACAAACACACACACACAUACACACUAAAGUAUGUCCACGCAUACAUUAACAUGUUACAGAUGGUAAUUCAUGUUACUGUGACUUGUUACAUCUACUGUAUCUUAUCUUUUUUAAACAACAUUAAUAAGUCAUUGUUGAUAUAAAGUUGGCAUUUACCUAACGUGUAGCUAACUUAGGCCUACCCAUUGUCUCACGUCAGAUGGUGUCACUCCUACGCGAUGCUCGUCCCUCAAACCAUCUGUCUUGUAGGACGUGGAACUCAUCUCUAAAAAUCUAGAUUUUGCUCAUCUGCCGAACACUAGUUCCUAACUCUAUGACGUAUCUAUGACGCACUGACUACUACCAUGCUUGAUCAGCUGAGCAAACUUGCCCAAGCUAGGAGCCUAGUGAUAACUUGUUUGAAUGGCCAUUACUGUAGCUAUUUUGCCAAUCUUGUUGAUGAAUAACCAAAGUUAUGGGACUGUUCUAAGAAAUCAGCAUGUAUCUGACUCUGACACCUGGCACUGUCCCUCGCUACUUUGUAACAUUUGGCCAACGCAAUAACAUCGCAGCUAGCCUAAAGCAGUCAAGCUGUGCUGCAAAACUCACUAAUCACAGCAAAACAGAAACUGCCUUAUCAUGAAAACUCAUGUGCUAUUAGCUAGAAUAUCACUACACUAGCUAGCUAGAGGGAGUAUUCAGCAUUGAGUGUGUGAACUGUCGUUGUUAGCAUCCCUUGCUUUGAGACUGGUUCAGCAAGCAAGCAGACACUAGCUAGCUAGCUAAUUUGUGCACAUUUAGAUUUUCAUGAAUUCUUAUUCUACACCCACAAAACACCUUAGCUAAAUGUAGAAUUAGGGUAUUGAAGAAUUUGUGAUUAAAUAAAUGUCAAUAUUAGCUACAGGUUUAUAGUUUUAAGAUUAACUCUGACUCUUAUGAGGAUUCAAGGGGGUUCAGUGGACGAUGUCACCUUGGUAACAUUUUCAAAUAUUAGGACAGCAUAUUGUAGUCAAACUUCUUUUUAGCUUUCCCAUGAGUGUUUGCGAGUUAUCAGAGAGAUGAGUGCAGACGGCCUUCGCACUGAUGUGAGACAAUGAGGCCUACCUGUAAUAAUGUACCCCGGAGGAAGGUUUAUACAGAAUACAUGGUAUUUUCUGAAUUACACUUUAUAAACAACCAGUUUAAUCAGUUUGAAAUAAAACAGU